AUUGCGAACACUUCUACGGUAGUACUUGUUGAAUCCUGUCCACCACCAGCCAUGAACACGGAGGACGAAGUUCUCAAGGCUGCGAUAGCGAAGUAUGGGAAGAACCAAUGGGCGCGUAUAUCGUCGUUGCUGGUCCGCAAGACCCCCAAACAAUGUAAAGCGCGGUGGUAUGAGUGGCUAGAUCCGUCUAUCAAGAAGACAGAAUGGUCAAAGACCGAGGAUGAAAAGUUGAUGCACCUCGCAAAAAUUAUGCCCACGCAAUGGCGGACAAUAGCCCCCGCAGUGGGUCGUACUGCUACACAAUGUCUUGAGCGAUAUCAGAAGUUGUUGGAUGAGGCUGAGGCGAAGGAAAACGAGGAGCUAGGGCUGGCGGGACCAGGGGGAGAGUCAGCACCGAGUGCAGACGACAUCAGGCGCCUGCGACCAGGAGAGAUUGACCCCGACCCUGAAACUAAGCCUGCACGUCCUGAUCCUAUUGACAUGGACGAAGAUGAGAAGGAAAUGUUGUCCGAAGCCCGUGCUCGUCUCGCAAAUACACAGGGCAAGAAAGCUAAGCGGAAGGCUCGUGAACGCCAGCUCGAAGAAGCAAGACGACUUGCAGUCUUACAGAAAAAGCGUGAGCUGAAGGCUGCUGGAAUCAUUAUGCGACAUAAAACGAAAAAUAAGGGUAUGGACUACAAUGCUGACAUUCCCUUUGAAAAGAAGCCGGCAGCGGGCUUCUACGACACAUCGGAAGAACAGGCACGCAUUACCUCGGCGCCAGUCGGCCAAUCACUGCGCCGUCUAGAAAACAAACGCAAACCUGACGAAGAAGAGGCUGAACGAAGGAAGCGACAACGUCGGGCAGCAGAGGCUAAGGGUGAAAAUGAUGGCCACCAAACAAAAUUCAUUGCUGCUCGUGAUGCACAGAUACAAAAGUUGAAAGAGGCGGAGAGCAUUGGCCGACGACGGAAGCUUGUGUUGCCGAACGCGCAGGUUGGUGAGGCGGAGCUAGAAGACAUUGUCAAGAUUGGGCAGACAGGGGAGAAUGCCAAGGCAUUGGUCGGUGGCGGAAGCGAGGCAACUGCGAAGCUCUUGAGUGAUUAUGAGGGCCUGGAUGGCGCAAGGAUGGCACGAACACCUCGUACUGCACCCCAACAGGACAAUGUCAUGUUGGAAGCACGCAAUUUACGGAACAUGACCAUGGCCCAGACACCUUGUUGGGAGAUGAGAACACCCCCCUUCAUGUUGGGCCGGGGGGAGGAACUGGUUUCGAGAGCGCAACUCCUCGGCAUCAAGUUGCUUUUACCCCAAAUCCCUCUCGCAACUCCUAUGCAUGGCGGCCCAGGUGACGUUUCUGCAACGCCGCGAGAUGGUGCAUCGUGGGGCGCAACCCCACUGCGGACGCCUAUGCGUGAUACCCUCAGCAUCAAUCCUGCUACGGGUAUGCCAAAUGAAGAGGAUGGUACCGCUGGUCCGCUGUCGGAGGAAGAUGCUGCCGAAAGGGAUGCACGCUUAAAGCGGAUACGUGAAGAGGAGGAGAGAAAAGCCUUAGCAAGACGAACACAGGUUGUUGCCCGUGGUCUGCCUCGUCCUGCACGGGUCGACGUGGAGCAGCUGAUGAGAGACUUGAACAUUGGGGAAGAAGAUGACGACAUGACGGAGGUCAGAAGACUCCUAAAUUCGGAGAUUGCGGAUCUCCUACUGCACGACUCGAUAGUGCAUCCUCUCCCUGGCACGAAUAUUCCUGUCCAAGUCAAGGAGGGACUGGUAACGCUGUCGAGCAGCGAAGAGAUUGAUGAGAGUGCGUGUUGGGCAAGUGUCCGUCAGCAGCUCGCUUUCGAUGCCGCCUCGAGAACAUGGGUAGAACCCAGUAGCCUAUCCGCGGAAGCUAGAAUAGCCGAGAUGUCAAAAGAGGCCAGCAAAGCUGCUAAGGCCGAGAAGAAGCUUGACAUCACCCUUGGUGGAUAUCAAGCACGUUCAAAAGCUCUUUCCAAACGUGUUACUGAAGCUUUCAAUGAGCUCGUGCGAACAAAAGUGGACUAUGAGAGCUUCGCUCGACUCAGCAUCAACGAGGCUGCAGCUGGACCACGGAGAUUAGAGUCACUGAAAGAGGAGGUGGAUACUCUAUCACGAAGAGAGCGCCUACUGCAGGAGCGGUACGCAGAGCUUGACCGUGAGCGUCGGGAUGCAGAAUCCAGGGUUGCUGUACUGGAGGAGAAAAUCAUGGCAGAGGCAGAGGCGCUCAAUGAAGAAGCUCUCGCUGAGAUGGAAGCAAGCGGAUGAUUCAUUCUCAAGUGUUUUUAUGCAACUAUGUAUCAUUCUGCUUUUACACUAUAGUACUCGCUUAUUCCUGGCACGUCCUGAGUCCAUCGAAUUAAACGCAAACUAGUUUUUUGUAUACGCC